GUAGCUUUUACUUUCGAAAGAGGAAGAACUGCGAGAGAACAUGUGACACUUUGUUCUUAAAUAAUAGCAACAAGGAAACGCAGUCAGACUGAGUUUCCGCGCAGCAAAGAUGAGUCCGACUAAUCAAGGCCUGCUGUUGCUGCUCAUCUCCCUGUGUGCCGGGGCAGCAGCCAUGUUUGAAUCCACACUGGAUGCACACUGGGAGCUGUGGAAGAAGACACAUGGGAAGAGCUACAAAAAUGAUGUGGAGGAUGCUCACCGCCGCAAGCUGUGGGAGAAUAACCUGAAGAUGAUUACCGUGCACAACCUGGAGGCCUCAAUGGGACUUCACACCUAUGAACUGGGCAUGAAUCACAUGGGAGACCUGACAGAAGAAGAGAUCAUGCAGUUUUUUGCCAGUCUCACUCCUCCCACUGACAUCCAGAGGGCGCCGUCUCCCUUUGCAGGGGCAUCAGGUUCUGGCAUACCAGACACCAUGGACUGGAGAGAGAAGGGUUGUGUCACCAAAGUCAAGAUGCAGGGUGCUUGUGGGUCUUGCUGGGCCUUCAGUGCUGCAGGGGCCCUGGAAGGCCAGUUAGCCAAGAGUACAGGAAAGCUGGUGGAUCUCAGUCCUCAAAACCUGGUGGAUUGUUCCGGCAAAUAUGGCAACCACGGCUGCAACGGAGGCUUCAUGACCCGAGCUUUCCAGUAUGUCAUCGACAACCACGGAAUCGACUCUGAUGCUUCAUACCCAUAUACAGGACGUGAUGAUCAGUGCCACUACAACCCAGCAACCCGUGCUGCCAACUGCUCCAGUUACCAGUUUCUGCCUGAAGGGGACGAGAACGCUCUGAAGCAGGGUCUUGCUACCAUUGGACCCAUUUCAGUGGCAAUUGAUGCUAGGCGGCCCAGAUUUAGUUUCUAUAGAAGUGGAGUGUAUAAUGACCCAUCAUGCACACAAGAGGUGAAUCACGGUGUGUUGGCAGUGGGCUACGGUACUCUGAAUGGACAAGACUACUGGCUCGUAAAGAACAGCUGGGGAACAACCUUCGGAGAUCAGGGAUACAUCCGGAUGGCACGCAACACAGGCAACCAGUGUGGCAUCGCUUUGUAUCCCUGCUACCCCGUCAUGUAACUACAGUGUGCACUGAAAUUAAAUUCUUGCAAAAAAAAAAAAAAUCAUAUAUGAUGACCCUUUUUUACAUGAUCACCUCGAAGCUGUAGUUUUUUAUCUUCAAAAACUACAGCUUCAAACUAAUGCCUUUUGGUGCUUCUCUUGAAAAAUGAUAUCUUAAGGAGGAAGCAUUAUAUUUUCUUUGGCUUGUGACAUUGUGGAAAUGCUAAUGUUUCUAUCUCUGUGUGUGAGUGCUUGUUUAAGAGUCUUUUUUGUAUGUUUUUUUUCUUCUGACCCUCUUCUCAAAGCUCAAGCUGCUUUCCGAAAAAGUCUCCUUAAAAGUCAAGAUUCAGCAAUUUCAUUAAAAGAUUUCAUUUUUAUAAGUUAGUGAGAAAUAUUUAUUCCCAAUGUUUACUGUGGUUAUCCAGUGUUGGGAAGGUUACUUUUAAAAUGUAUUCCACUACGAAUUACAGAAUACAUGAAAAUGUAUUUUGUAACGUAUUCAAAAUACGUUACAUGAAUGUACUAUUGCUAGUGAUUUAUUACUAUUACUGAAGGUUAUUCACCAUACCAAAACCAACAGGAUUUUUACAUUUUAAUAUAAAAUGAGUAUCAGUAGGAUGGACAUUAUGUAUGUCGUAUAGAAAACAAUUCUGCGCGUAUAUAAAACAGGUCCGUGGCUCCGAACCGUAAAAAAGGGUCCUCUGGCUAAUACGGUGGGUUCCGUGUCGGGCUCAUAGCUGAAAACUAGCUUUACUUUGUUGUCUGGGUCAACUUUGCUAGCGAGAGACAGAGAGAGGCGUUGAAAGGCUGCUCCAAUGGAACUUACUGUUUCGGAGGAAAACGCAAACACAGUGUACAGUCGAGUCUUAAUAGCGUACUUACAAAUGGGCUCCUCAGGCAUUUUUUUUGGCUGCAAUGGUUGUUAUUAUAUUUCCAGCUCCCUUUUCUGGUCGGUGAAUCUCGUACUUUUCAACUCUUUUUCUCCCUCCUCGCGCUCACAGACACAUUCCACCGGCUUGGAAUUCCCAAAAAUAGAGAUGGCAUAGCCUAACAUAUGAAACAGAAAAAUACCGCCGUGUAAUCCAUUCAUUUCAACAAAGUAACUGUAUUCUGAAUACUACCUUUUUAAACGGUAACUGUAACGGAAUACAGUUACUCGUAUUUUGUAUUUUAAAUACGUAACGGCGGUACAUGUAUUCCAUUACACUCCAAUACUGUGGUUAUCAUUAACUACUAAAUCAGGGGGUAACCAGAAGUACAGACGUCUGCCCAAGGCUACAAGGUUUAAUUAAAAAUAUGUUUAUAUCUAUUGUAAAAAGCUGUGACUUUACCGGAUGUUUAGCGCUGGACAAUUGUAUAUUUUUUGACUGCUGCUUUGUUGUUGAUACUGAUAUUAUGUAACCUGACUCAAUAUAAAAAUAAAACAUUGUUCAAAAA